AUGGACAACUUUCCAGUCCAGCAGCCCGACGAGGGUUACUCUGAAGAUCCUCUUAAUCCCACUUUGUCGGCACAUAAUAUGGCUAUUCCCGGACCGGGAAGUCCUGCAGAUAUGCCUGACUGGCUCGCAAGACAGCUCCCUGGCAUGCCACUUGCCAUCAAGAAGAAGAUUGCGCAGGCGGUUCUUGAUGCCUUGCCCACGUCAGCCAUUGCAGAAAUAGUGGAGGCUCUCAAUCCCCGACUUUAUAUCGAUUUUGUUCAUUAUUUGCCUCCCGAAGUAUGCCUUAAGAUCCUCGAGUUUCUCGAUCCCACGUCUCUCAUAAAUGUCGCGCGAUCCUGCCGAACAUGGCACGCGCUCGCUCUCGACAAGAAACUCUGGCGUCGGCUGUACCAUAUGGAAGGCUGGUCUGUUGUGCCCGCCGAGAUCCAAAAGUGGCAGGACAGAGUCAAUAAACGGGCCAUAGCUGAGCGCGCGGCCGCUAUGCUCGACGCGGACAGGACGCAGCGGCAGUAUGAAAACGCAUUCAUGAAUUCGAUUCUCAACGCCCCCUCGUGGUCAACUGCAUCGCUUCCAGGUUCGGUUGCGAUGACGUUUGACCGUGUUACACCUGAAUCUAGCGACGUAGAGAUGGGUAAUUCCGCAAGGGGUAAGUCUGCCGAGAUGCUCAGCGGAGACCAUGCAAGCCCGCAAGGCCCUAAGACGGCGUCAGAGGACGAUGCAAACACCGCCCGUUUUCUAGAGAAGCUUCCGCCUCAACACGUUAAUGGUCUAAUGCCAUCCACGCUCUGGAACUGGGAACCGCGAGACGACAAGUACGUCAUCAACUGGAAGUCUCUCUAUUCCAUGCGACGGCGUCUUGAAUCCAACUGGGAGCUCGGCCGCUACACAAACUUCCAGUUCCCGCAUCCCGACUAUCCCGAGGAAGGUCACAAGGAGUGUAUCUACAGCCUUCAAUACACGCCCGAAUACCUGGUGAGCGGGAGCCGAGAUCGAACGUUGCGCAUCUGGAACAUGCAGACCCACCGGUUAGUCCUGCCGCCUCUUGUUGCACACUCCGGCUCCGUGUUGUGUCUGCAAUUCGAUGCGGAUCCGGAAGAGGACCUCAUCGUGUCGGGCAGCAGCGACUCGGACGACAAAACGAUCAAGAUAUUCAACCGUCGAGCGCUUCGGUACGGCGAUGUUGGCUAUCCCCAGAAUGAGUUUGUCAAUCCCGUGCCGGUUAAGCUGAAGGGUUACGGAUACGAGCCUAACUUGGCCGACGAACUCCCGACCAUACCGGCAUAUACAUUGAUUGGGGCGCUACAGGGCCACAACGCUGCCGUGAACGCCGUUCAAAUAUGCGGCGACGAGGUCGUCUCUGCCAGCGGCGACAAAGCGAUCAAGGUCUGGGACUGGCCAAAGCAAAAGUGCAUCCGAACCAUCCUUGGCCAUCUCAAGGGCAUUGCCUGCGUCCAGUACGACGGCAGGCGCAUAGUCAGCGGGAGCAGCGACAAUGAAGUUAAAGUAUUUGAUAGCUCUACCGGACUAGAGGUAGCAAGCCUUCGUGCGCACACGCAUUUGGUGAGGACGGUGCAGGCCGGGUUCGGCGACCUCCCAAAUAGUGAAGAGGAGGACCGUGAAGCAGCAAGACUCAUCGAUGAAGAGUACUUCAAGGCGCUGGAAAACGGUACCGUGACGCAGUCUAUGCCCAUGCGCAGUCAUUCGAGGCGGCGCGGAAACGCGGGUAGUUCGCGACCAGAGCACAUCACGGCCUACGGUGCCAACCUCCCACCCGGCGGCGGUGGUGGGAGGUACGCUCGUAUCGUGUCGGGCUCGUACGACCAGAGCAUCAUCAUAUGGAGGCGGGACAAGGAGGGUGUCUGGAAAGAUGCUCAUCAUCUCCAUCAAGAGAAGGCGGCCGUCGCCGCCCAACGCCCGCCGGCGCCUUCGCUGGCUACCCCUCCCGUUACUCUUCACCCUUCGGUCCGCCCUCCAGCCCAGCAGAACGCCGGGCCCCCUCCACCCCCGCCCCCACCUACGGCCCAGCCGCCAAACAAUCAAGGCCCCACCAAUAUACCGCCCUUCAACUCCCAGGGAGUAGCGGAUUCUUAUCAGCCCAUGAUCAACGCCGCGGUUGCGGGUGGCCGCAACGAACUUGAGACGGCGCUCCUCGCAUACCCCGGCAUGCUCCUUCAUCAUAGCCAGAUACAAGGGGCGAUCGAUAGGGUGACGUCGCCAUAUGCGCGCAAUCAGCUUCGCCAAACACUUGCCAACGCCGUGGAACGGUCGCGAGAGCGUGCUAGGGCUAACGCGGCACACGCGCAGCAAGCUCAAGGCGCUCCUUCUUCCAACGCCGGACUUUCUGCCUCAGCGGCUGCGGCCGCGACCGCGACCGCGACCGCGACCGCGCCUAUGCCGAUACCUGGCCCCGCCGCCGCCCAUACAGCAGGCAGGCAGGCGACCGCCGCACAGGUCUCCAACUCGGCCGCGGCCGCGGCCGCUACUCAUGCGGCGGCACAUGCCGCGCCACACGGAAAUCACCCGGCGCCCCCGCAUGCCCCUCACCCAACGGCACACCAUGCCGCCACCGGCGCGGCGGCUGCUUUUGCAGCCCAUCACCACAUACCCGCGGCCGCACACCCGCCACAGCCGCACCACCAGCACAUGGCGGACGGGACGCCGGCGAGGGUAUUUAAACUCCAGUUUGACGCUCGAAGGAUCAUUUGUUGUAGCCAAACGAGUGUGAUUGUCGGGUGGGACUUUUGCAAUGGAGACGCAGAGCUGGAAGCGGUGUCGAGAUUCUUCGCGCCGAUCGAGUAG